AUGAGACCGGAUGAUAACUAUAAUACGCUGCAGCGAAUUAAAGAAUGGAAUGCCACAAGACUGGACUUAUUCAAAAUUUCCGAGCCAAACAGACGUAACGAAUUUCAUGGCGUGGUGCGAUUUUUCUUCCAAGGAGACGAUUUGAAAUAUCAGGCCAAGUGUCUGCGCAUUUCCAACACAACCACAGCAUGUCAGCUGGUCAACAUAUUGGUGGAAAAAUUCUAUCCAGACCUGAAAAUGCUCACUGCUGGCCGCUUUGCCUUGUACGAGUAUCAUACGUCCAGUGGAGAGCGCCGUUUGGGUGCGAACGAAGCACCACUUUUGGUCCAACUGAACUACGCCUAUGACAAUCACGAAGUUCGCUUCAUUCUGCGUGACGAGUCAAAACCGUUGCCAACUGCUCGACAGCAGCAGGCCUUGGAGAACCAACCAGGCGCUCUGCAAAACGGCACAGCCAGAUAUCGUUCAAGCCAAAAGUUGGUCGACAGUGCGGAGGACUCGGCGAAAAGUGAUCGUGGCUUCGCACGGCGGUGGUCAUCGGGGUCAAGAAAGAAAAAGAAAAGAAAAGAAGGACAAGCAGAACAAAAUGGGAUCGAUCUGACUCCGGUUCCCGAUUCCAGCUUUACUCGGACUCUGUCCAAUCCCGACGAAGUACUUAGAAGGCGCAGACAACAGCGAAUGCAGAAUCGGUUACAGUCUGGUACUCCGGGUGAAGAACGAGACAUAGUGAAAAUCUAUGGCGAUUCCAUCAAUCCUGAGGUGCCCUUUGUCACGAUUUCCCUGACAAUCGACGACACAGCUGACAAAGUGGUUGCCAUGGCACUCGAAAAGUAUGGUUUGAUCAAGCAAGUGAACCCGAAGGACUUCUGUAUCGUCCAAAUGAACAUUGCACCUCGUGGUGAACGGCUUCCUCCGGACGUAGAACGUGAGCAAACAUUACACAACCAAGAUUCUCUGGUUGGGAGUCGACUACUGUUGAGGCGCCAAAAGGAAGAUAUUUCUUGCAUCUUCCAACUCAGACACCGUCGCGCGACCGGAAAAGAUGGUCGCAAACCACCCGCUCCAGCUCCUGUUCAUCCCAGAGCUCCACCAACCGCGUUCAAACAUGGUUCUAGGACACGAUCGGCAGGUCCAGGCGCAUCUGAAUCUACCGACACUGAAGCAGUGCCUUAUUUGAUUGAAGUGCAAAGCUCUACGGACCAUUCCAGUCGGCCUGAUGGAAUGGUUAUUUCUUUGGCAGGGCUAUUCGAUCGCACCUAUCCUGCUCCUAUUCAGCUGGGAACGAUUGAGAAAAUGGUUGGACCUCCACCGAAUAUCCUCGUUGAUAAGAACCUUCAUCCUGACAUCCGUCCAGUUCACUGCACUUUCGGUGCAGUACUGGCCAGUACCAGUGGCUCGAAAUGGUCGAUUCCAAAAAGUGGACAACCAGGUGACUUUGACGCGGUGACAAGCUACUCGCUACUGAUCACCCCAUCCCUUGACGGAUUCGCCAGACCUCCUGGACCUGCUCAAGUACGUGUGAAUGGGCAGCGUAUCACCGGUCCAAUGUUAGUCCCUUCUGACGGACUGAUACAACUUGGGAAAGCAAUGUUUUUGAAGUUUGUCUAUUUGGAAACUGAUAUGGGUCUGGUCGAAGAGCCACCGAAAGUAAAUGCGACCCUUCCAAGGAUAGCCAAUGGUGCACCAGGUGCUUAUUCAGUGAAGGCGACCAGUAUGAAACCCUUGGAAGGUCAUUCCACUUCGGGUACGCGAAUAUCUCAAACCGAGAAGACAAACGAGCCUGAUUCACAUGUCCGUCUCCGAAAGACGUCAAUGUCCGCAGCCGGCGAGCUUCCCCUGACAAUCGAGCUACAAGACCUCGAUAGGAUAGACAGAGAAUAUUUUCUCGAACACUAUACCCAGAUUGUGGAUGAAAUCCUCAACGCAGUGGGCUCUGACUUACACACUCUAACGCAUCGAACAAAGGAUGAGAAUCGCCCUGCACUAUUCAGUCUUUCCCCAGCUUACGCGCUCUACUUGGUCUAUCGAGCUUGUGAGAAACACAUGGAGUCUCUACCUGACUUAGUUCCGGCCGAAAAGGAGCACAAUGUGUCCUACAUCACAAACUACAUCGCGACACGUGUGUAUGAAUCUUUGCCAAGCACAACGCGCGGUCCUGCAGACCACAUGAGCCUCAUUCAACCGUUCGUCUACUGGUUAGCAAAUAGUAGUGAGCUACUACAAUUUUUCAAAAACGACGUCAGUCUGUGUUCCCCGUGGGACAAAUCACAGCCCUCCCGACCCCGAUCUCCAAUUCAUGCCUGUCGGCAAGCCUUACAUCUUCUUGCCGAUGCGGUGGAUCACUGUUUUUAUGAGUUACGGACCUGUGUGACCAGUAUACUACAACCAAUGUUUCAUUGUCUAACCUAUCCCGGAGACUCUGACCUACAGGAAGAUCUUCGUCUAGACGACAGACCGAUCAAUCCACAGCAGAUCUCUGGUCACUCGAGAGAUCCGGUUAAACUGCAAACCCUUAUGCAAUUCCUUAGUUGGCUGAUGCAUCUGCUUCGUCGAACUCGCGUCAACGCUUCCCUUACCAUACAGCUGUUCGCUCAACUCUUUCAUACACUGAAUGCCUAUAUCUUCAAUCACGCUCUGAUCAACACUGAAGCUAGACCACGCCACGCACGUGAUGAGCAGAAUAUAUGGCUCACACGUUUAGGGGCCGUUCGUCUGAUGCGAAGACUAGAACGUAUCAAGCACUGGGCACAGCGAUUCGGUCUGGAACGCGCUGCUGAGUGUCGACUUCAACGUUGUGUUCAGGCUUGUCAACUUAUCCAAGCGGACCGCUCAAAUUUGGAUGAUUUCUAUCAGUUCUGCAUGGGGCUUCUAUCGCUGAACAGUAUUCAACUGGAAUGGUUGUUAGCUCAUUUGGGUGAUCCACCGCCGGUACCUGAUGACUGGAUUGAUUUGAUUGUGACCGGAGUGAAAGAGGUGAACGAUCGAGCGAUCCUGGACGAAAUGGACCAUUACUUAAGGGCCAGUCAACAAGACCUCUCGAUACCGGAACUGCAGUUGUCCGAGAUGAAGGAUCUCCCACUACCUCUUUUACUUCCUCCAGACGGUUAUGCCUCGGAUGCUGUUCUCACGGGAACACCCAGUGGUUUGAGCGAAUUUCUCCGACCUCUGGUUUCCAAAGGUCUCAUUUUUGUUAGGCGAAAUCCGGCUGGAACGGGACAGUCUGAUUCCCGCCCGUGGAUACGUUGUUUGCGACUCAGUAAGAUUGAAGACAUUGAAACCCAAUCAAGGGAUGAAGUCAAGCGUAAGCUGGAAGUACCUCCCCCAACUUCCCGAUCAACAAGUCACAUCCCAGCCUCACCACAUGGUGAGUCCGGUGACAAUGGUUCAGACCUGUCUGACACGGACUCAGAAGAUAAUCUGCCGACGAACCGACGGUUAAAACACCGACAAUAUCAGCCAAAAACUGUUAAUUCUCGGAAGUCCACUUCGUUAGGACAAACAGUGCGGCAACAUCGUUCUUUGCCCGAUCUAACCAACUCUGACUUUGGUGGUCUCGCAAAAGAGGCGAAUGUGCCUGUCCGGUCAAUUACACGGUUCUACUUACGCAAGCACAACAAUAGCCUUGGGUUGAGUAUAGUUGCGGCGAAGGCCGAAGGUGAUACACAAUAUGGCAUCUAUGUCAAAGAUAUUGUUCCGGGCGGUGCUGCGGAUCGCGAUGGUCGGCUGGAUAUGGGUGACCAAAUUCUAGCCAUUGGAUCGGCAAAUCUAGUUGGAUGUGCACAGUCAGAUGCUGUCGCUACCUUGGCUAAACAAAGUCAGUCUGAGGAGGGUGUUCUCUUGACGGUUGCACAAGGCGCUGCCAAAUUUCACGGAAUCCUCGAGCUAAUUCGUCCUCCAGGUUCAGAAAGACCGUCACCAAUGGCAGAUGAGACAGCAUCGCCUGCGGUCAAGCCCCGUCAUUCGACCAAGCCUCCAACAGCUCCCUCGGAUGCACCGCCACCGCACACAGGACCAUACAAAGUAGGGGCAACUGUACACCCACCUUCGACGCGAAUGGGCCUGAAACCAGUUGAUGAUCCGCAGCGCGUGCCAAGCGGAGCCUCCAAGCCGUCACCCAUUGGUCGAAUGGCCGGUAGGGAACAUCCGAAGCAGUUUGGUGCACUCAGCCGGUCCACACCGACACUAAAUCUGGCCGAGAUAAGUGACAAAGACUCUGAAGCAAGCUUCCAGGAAUCAGGGACUGGUGAUUUCACAAGCAGUGAUGCCCAUGAAACCAGACGUCUCACGACACGACCAAGUGAACCGAAGGGGUCUGUCGACAGCGGAAGAAGUUCAACACGGGUCAGAAGCAUGCAAAGAGAAGACCCCGACAAAGUGGAUUCUGGUCGCCGGAACCAUAAACCUGUGAGAGCUGAAGAACACUCUCGAAGCCCAUCUCCUGGGUCAGAUAUUGUCCAUGAGGAUUCAGUUGUUCCGAAACAUCGAAAACACGGUCACUCGAAUGUGCGGCAGAGAAAGGCAACAGAGCCAACCACUCAGCGACCCAAGUCAGGAGUUGCUUUACAUACGGCGCGGUCCCAACCAGAUAUGUCACAUGUUCCCGGUAAACAACCUACGGUAAGACGUAGCUCUUUGGUGGCCGAACCAGCCGAACUGUAUAAAGAUGCACCGCAACCGGAUUCCUGCUCAGAUGUGUUUUCUAGUUUGGAAAGCGUGUCCAGUCCGCAUACCCCUUGCAGCUUACAAGAUUCCGCCGAACUAGAGAAGGAGCGAAUGGCACCAUCAGACACGGAUCCACGACCCGAUUUAACACAUAGUGGACGAAGAGAAGAACGCGUCAGACAUCCUCCACCCCCUACAGCAUCUAGUCAGAAAGCAAAGCCCCCCUUGUCAAGAGCUACCCCACGUGGUCGAACAAGUGCACGGCAUCUGUCCGAAUCCGAGCUCACUUCCGCAAGAAAGCAGGAAUCUUCUGAGCCCCAUCGACCACACAGCUCAAUGCAGAAUCGCUCAAAUCAGUCGUAUCUGAAAGAAACAGACGUUGAUUUCUCCGAUCUGUCUGAGGAGACAGGGCUUCCGGGUCAAUCAGAUUCACAGAAAGUACGAAAGGACUCGAGAAGGUCACUGAAAUCUGACGACAGUUGCUAUCAAGGCCAAGCUGACCAGGAGAGCGAUGCUCAUUACAGGUCUGGGACCCCGGCCACUUCUGGAAGCAUGACACCAACAUCUGUGGAUACAGUCGUUUCAAAACCUGCUCCAACAAAAUCCACUCCUGAUGCUCGAGAAGAUACCGUACAUGACGACACAGGUGUACAACUGAAAGAACCAGCUGAUAAUACAUUCCAUCAAAGAGAAACACUCAAAUCUACGGUAGCUGAUGUGUCGCAUCCUCAGCCAAGCUCGGGUGGUACACAAACUCCGAUUGAUGAUACAAUAUCCGAGAGCCUUCGACCACCAACUCAUGCGAUCGUAUCUGGGCCACGUUAUACAGAUAACCAGCCAUCAAGUUAUUUGCCAGCUCUCAUACCGGAUGUUCCUGUGUUACACAGAGAUCCACAGCGUGGCCGGUCGAAACGUGAUUUAGAUGAGAGUGGAUCAUUCAGCGUACAACAAUCGAUGACCUCCAAAAAACCUACCACGGAUUCUCUUGUACAUGCUGAGUUUGUGGAAGCCAUACCUCAGUCAGAAUUACGACCUCCGUCAGUACAUCCAUCGUCCUUGGAGUCUCAUGCUGGAAAAAGUCAGUCAAUCGAGCAGGAUGUGGAACGGAGACCACAGAAUCUGACGCGAUACACGAAACCUUCCAGCAUACAGCCUCGCGGCUUUUCAGGAACUGCAAACAGACCUAUGGGAGUGACUUCUCCACCUCCUACGCCAACGGCCGAAUGUCCGCAAUAUCACCCUCCAGAAAGGCUGGAACCCGUGGACUGGACAGGCCAUCAGCAAUCACAAGGGAGUGCCAUAUCCACUCAGUUUGCUGAUCGGUACGAACGCAGUUCCCGAGCACCCCAGGUUGCUCCAAAGCCUCAGGUAUCGGCUCCGUCUACAUUACACUCUCAGCGCCCACCGUACACUCCGAAGUCACCACAACCAUCCUCAAUCAGCCAGCCCUCUAUUCAGUCAUCAACUAUCCAGAAUGUUAGGCCUUCAACUUCAUCAUCAUUAAUCCCAGCCCAGACACAUCCACCACAGUUAGGAGCAGCUCAACGUGUUUCUCAACUUGAAGCAGAAAUAGCUGCAAUGGAGGCUAGUCAGGUUUAUUCCAAAUCUGGUGAAGCCAGUCAGACCCUGGACCGUCUCAGAGUCGAGUUGCAAUUCCAAAGACGCCUUGCCGAGCGAGAGUCCUUGCGACGAAAUCCAGUGUCCAUGGAUGACCGUGGGUUGCAUCAUGUGACUACUUCGACCAUAAGGGAAACAAGUCAAUCCGUGCCUUCGAAAACUGCUGCUGAUGGUGGACUGAUGGAUACACACAUUGUCUGGGAGGAGAAAAGGAUUCAGGCAGAACGUGACCUAGAAGCCAGUCAAAGACGCCGCCUAGCUGAGCUAGAGGAAGAGCAUCGGGCAAUGCUUGCACGUCAAGAGCAGCGCGCAAGAGAACGAGCCGAAUGGUUUGGCAAGAACCAAGGUUUAUCAGAUGUGCGUCAGCCAAACGGUGCAGAAGAAAUUGUCAGACAACGAUCGCAGUCUAUUGGCUCAGGGUCACAUUCCCCUGAAAGAGCUUCCUAUCCAUCAACUACUGACAUUCACACUCGCUACGGGCGGCCUUGGUUUGAUGUGAACCAGCGACAGUCACAGUUCGGUCACACAACGCCACAAUAUCCUGUGCAGAGUCGAACUGGUCCGCAGUUGGUCGAGGCCGAACUUUCGCGUGCUGCAUUGACAACCCCCACUGGAGGAGACAGUUUGAGAAUGAAAAAAUCCGUGUCUUUCGAUAAGAAUCUAGAAACAAUUACUGUGUACAGCCCUCCAACAACACCACAAGAAAGCUUUGCGGAAAAUGCACCCUCGACCGUAUCCCGAUCGUUACCAAUGGACAGUUCGGCAAGCUAUACAGGUACGUUUUUUGCAGACCGUCUUACCAUGUUCUUUAGUUCAUCCCAUGAUCGCUCCGCGGCAGCCAAAGGACCUUACUCCGGGAACUAUGCAAAGCCGAGUCCCAUUCCGGUUGACCAUAGCGCCAGACAAACAAGUGCAUCCCCGAAUCCCAUUCCAAAUGCGGAACUCCUUCCCUUCAAAGAAAAAAUGAGGUUGUUCGCUCAACAGAUCGGUGAAGAUCUCCCCAGGGAACGAUCCAAACUGUCUAGCCGUCAAAAGGAGCUGCUGCUAAUAAACACACCUGAUAUUCCACGAUCUUCUCCAAACUACACUCUUGAGUGAGUUGGUGAGACGUUCAAAAAAAACUUCGAAAGUGAUAAUACCCUAUAUGAAAGCAGCCAAAUUGUUGCUCCAAUUCGCAACAAACUUUCCUGUACUCAUGAUUUCAUUCUGCAGAACAUACUUUCUUAUGUAUAGAAAAUCAUCUCAUCUGACUUAUACAUGCAUCUUUGCGAAUGUAAUUUGGCAAACGAUAAUUUGGUGUCACCUAGUAUUCCCUUGACAAGCGUACGUUCGGUUUUUCGGAUCAGUUCCUAUUGCCUUUUUCAGUCCCGUACUCCGUCUAUUGCUGAAUUCUAAUCACUAUUUUUGCUACGCUAUAUUUAAAAUCCUGACGGAUGCAUUUCUCAUCCCCCCACACUUCUGCUUUCAGCGCGCUUUUUGUAAUUGAAUUGUUUUUUUACGUGACACCUACUCACACUGUUAAUUAUGUC